AUGCCUUAUAGUGCUCAGUCCGCAGACUUUCAUUGCCAGACCAGUCUGAUCCCUCAGGGCAAGAAGCUGCUGGGACACGAGUUUAAAUUCUCCGAAUCGGCAGCCAAGGCUGCCAUGGCUGCAGGUGGAACUACAAGGGGAGUAUCCGGUUUCCCACACGAAUUCACAGGGGCCGCAACCGAUGGUCGUCCCACCCAGGAUGGUGGCGGCGGCGGGGGCAGCGGGCGGAUAAAAUUCCUCGGUGCGGACGCGCAGUGCAACGAGAAGGACCCGAAACUCCUUGAGUAUCCCAUCUUGCUGGAUGGCAAGAAAUAUAACAGGGACGACAAGCGAAGCGGCGAAGGGCUCACCCACUCCUGCGCGUGUUGUGUAUCUCCAGGACGGCAAGACACUCUGUGGUGUUAUGACGCACGUUCUCGAAGACAAGUCCACCCAUAA